CCACGCGCGCUGACCGGCGCGGUGAGCUCCCUCGGAGUGGGGACAACUAUGCCAGGAAACCGGCCUUCCAACGCCAGCUACCCGCACCAGGACGAGUCUCUGGAGUACGAGUACUACUACGAAUACGAUGAGAUUUCCUUCGACGACCUCACGGUGAACAGAUAUUCCAUCGUCAUCGGGUUUUGGAGUGGACUCACACUGCUCAUCUGCCUCCUCUUCAUCAUCUCGUCGCUGCUCUUCCGUCUCGGCACGCGCAGUGGGAGCAGGCACAACAGCUGGCGGAGGCGGUCGAGCAGCGUGAAGAGCCUGCACAUGGAGGUGAGCACGCUGAGCGACCAGGCCGAGGGCAGCUCCGGCACCGACGCCGACAACCUCAUCACCUACGCGACGUGCGGCAACAACGGUGGCGGCGGCGGCGGCGGCAACACCGGGCGCCCCUCUGAGCUCCGGAGCCCUCUGGCUGUGGCGACUCAUGGCACGACAUCGCCUCCACCGCCGCCGUCUCGGGCGGCCUGCACGGGACCCGUGGUUCGCAUCGACAUGCCAGACGACAGAGACGACGCGACGGCGACGCGAGUCCUCAUGAACCAGCAGCUGCCUGCAUCAUCAUCAUCAUCGCCGCAGCAACAGCAGCAACAGCAGCAACAGCAGCAGCAGGCGUUCCUCUUCGCGCCGUGCCCUAAUGGUGGAGACGCACGCUUAUCGCAUUCGACGGCAGACACUAAGGGCUGCGCCAGUCUCGCGCCUCCAGGCCGUAGAUCCUCUCUGUCGGUCACGUUCAGUGGAGACCUGUAAAGACCUGUGGAGACCUGCCCCUGGGGGUUUGCGAGUGAUUCGCCCACGGGUAGCAUGACUGUAAUUGAUAACCCCCCACCACCCCCUUUGUGUGGGGAUACACUCAAAACAUUCUCUCGGUAGCCCCUGCACCAGUGGGCGAAGCUGUCGAGCAUGCAGGCGGUGCAACUGCACUGAGGCCCACUGGCCAGAGGGGGCCCCAUGCGCCAAAUGGGGCCCCAGGUGCCGGAGGGGGCCACCAGGUGCCGGAGGGAGCCCCAGGCGCAAGAGGGGGCCCUCUUACGCCAGGCUCCGAAGAGGGGAGAAGACAAGGAGGGAGAAGCACAUUUCAUUCCUCGCAACAAGGCCCAUGCGGGCCAUGCUACUCUGUGGCAGUGCUCUGGAUGUGUAAGCACGGUUGCCCAGAGCACGCUUGUCUGGAGAAGGGCGCUGCCACGUGAAACGGACUUGACUUGGUCGCAGAAGCCUGUCGGCCGGCCCUUUGCUCGAUACGAACAGCUUCAGUUUGCAUGUGAUGUUCGUUUGAAUGCAGAUUGAGUUUAUUUUUUACAUUUUGAAGUGAGGUUUUGUAUUUCGUGUAAGAGGAACUAUUGGUUUACUUUAGACCGUCGGUAGUAACAUGACAAGCGUAAUUUAUGAAGUGUAGGCUGUUCAUUGAGGUACACGUGUUGUGGGUGAACGAAAAUGAGUGAAAGGAUGGACAGCAUGUGUGAUGCGUUUUGAUAACGUCCGAUGAGGUUGGAAGAGGUGCGAUGAGGUGUGACGAGGUGUCAUGAGGUUAGGUGAGGGCUUGCUGAACAUAACAAGGUAACUGGUAUUUGCCAAACAUCGAAAUAUAAACAUUACCUGCAAAUUACUCGAUCGAGAUGCACAAAGCAACAUGGCCCCCUAUUGCUAAAACUUGGCCGGACCGUCCAGAAGAAUUAAACAGUUUAUUGAGACUCGGUGAGGCUUUCUCAGGUAAACGAGCGCAAUGAUAAAUAAUCCAGUCGUGCAGUGAAGUGUGAACAGUGGGUGGAGAGGCAGUACCCAUUGUGCUUCGUGUACCGUGAUGCUAGUUUACAGGCCUAUGCUAUGUUACAGGCCUUUGCCAUCCCACUGCUGGAUGAAGGUCUCCCCAGGUCGGUAAUGGUGGGAGGCUUUGAUCACGCAUUGGAACCUCCCCAGCCAGCCACACUCCUGGUACGCUGAGCUGAAAAGUCUGGCUCGCCGCUAAUACAGUGCAAAGCUUAUGUAAUGCAUCUCGAGCAACCCUCUAAAUGAUACCUAACAAUUAACAACACUAAUAGAAUACAUAAAACAUAUUUUUGAUACAUUUACUAUACCCUGA